AUGUCGAUUCCAGUGGAUUGUACGGUACUUGUCGUCGGUGAUGGCCCAUACCAUAUUGGUGAAAGCUUGCUGCUAACAACGCGCCACUACCUGGAUCUGAUUGACCUAACGCCGGACUUUGAGGACCACGGCUUCAUGCAUAAGAACGGCGCCGCAUUCCGGUUCAAUAACACGGAUUUCCUAGCUGCCGGGGGACCGAAAAAUCACUCGUGGAACGUCAUUCGUUCCGAAGCAGAUAACAUUAUCUUCCAGCAUGCAGGAAAAUCCGGUGCAAAGGUAUUCGACGGAGUGAAAGUUCAUUCUCUUCACUUCAUCUCCUAUGGCGAUCAAGAAGCAUCCGACAUAAAUCCAGGGAAGCCUAUUUCUGCAUCGUGGUCUGCUAAAGAUGGAACAACGGGCAUUAUUCGAUUUGGAUAUCUCGUGGAUGCAUCCGGGCGAGCCGGAUUGGUUAGUACGAAGUAUUUGAAGAACCGUUCUUUUAACCCGGGGCUCAAGAAUGUGACAAGUUGGGGAUACUUUCGCAAUGCUGGAAGAUAUGGAGCAGGUACUUGUGCUGAAGGUGCUCCCUAUUUCCAUGUGCUUGAAGAUGGAAUGGGAUGGGCUUGGUUUAUCCCUCUUCACAACAGAACCACAUCAGUUGGUGUGGUAACGCAGCAGAGCUGCGUCGCCUCAAAGAAGGCAAUGAUAGGAUCCCCGUCCUCUAAGGAUUUUUUUCUUGCCAAUGUCAAAGACGUGACCGGCCUUCAUGAUCUGCUGGGGCAUGCUGAGCUUGUCUCGGAUGUGAAGUCAGCUUCUGAUUGGUCUUACAGUGCCUCGUCAUAUGCUAGCCCCUAUAUCCACAUUGUUGGCGAUGCGGUGGGGGGGGGGGGGGGGCUAUCUGCGGCGGUCACGAUAUGUGCCUCGCUGAAGGGUCAAUGUGGCGAAGCCUCUGCGGCAAAUUGGCAUUCGCAGAAGAUACGCGAGGCAUAUACUAGGUUCUUGUUGGCCGUGGGAAGCUCUUACAAUCAGAUGAUGGGGAAAGAGAGACCUGUCCUCAGCGAGAUUGAUGAGCAUAACUUUGACCGAGCAUUUGAUAUAUUCCGACCUAUAAUUCAAGGCACAGUUGAAAUUGGCGGAAAGCUCAGCCAGCAAGAGCUUGCUGAAUCUGUCAAGUUUUGCAUUCACGUAAUACAGAAGAUGGAUGAAACAAAGGAAAGCCAUGUGAAAGUGGACCUUGACAGGCCUACCAUCGGGCGAAGUCCUGUGAUGGCCAAAAUAAUCACUGCAAAUGGAACUCAGAGCCCGGAGGCAUUCCAGUCUGAUGUUAUUGAUGGGAUGGCAGCCGAUGUUUCCCGGAGUAAUCUGGGGCUUGUUCACGUGGAGAAGCAAUGA